AUGGCCCACAUCGUGUUCCUCCGCGCUUCCGCCGCUGACCUCACCGCCGGCAAGCCACCGCUGCGGGGCGUCCCGGCCUCGGCGCCGCUCUCCGCGGCGGCCGCGGCCAUCCCGGCGUCGCAGGAGGCCGACGUGGCCGUCUGGCGCGACGGCGCGUCGCCCCUGGCGCCCGCCGCGGCCACCGUUAUCGGCCUGCUCAGCUCGUUCGACGUCGUCGCCUUUCUGGCCUCCCACGUCGGCGGCCCGGCCGCGGCGCUGAGGACGCCCGCCGGCGACGUGGUGGCGCACGAGCCGGCGCUCGUGCGGGAGGUCGAGCCCCACACGAGGUUGAUAGAAAUCGUGGAGCUAAUGAAGCAAGGAGCAAGGCGCGUCCUGGUGCGCAAGAACAUCACGGAAGCCUGCACCGUGGACAAGAAGCCGUUCGCGCCGUUCUACAAGGCCGUGCUGAAGAUCACCGGGACGCCGCGGGCGGCGGCGGCCGCCAAGCAGACCGUCAACCGGUCGUCGUCAUCGUCGCCGCCGCCGACGACGUUCGGCUGCGACCGGUACUGCUGCCUGACGCGGGAGGACAUCGUCCGCUUCCUCAUCAACUGCCUCGGCGCGCUGGCGCCGACGCCGCUGCAGUCCAUCUCCUCGCUCGGCGCCGUCAACCGCGGCUACGCCCACGUCGAGGCCUCCUCGCCGGCGAUCGAGGCCUCCUGGAGCGUCCCCUCCGAGCCUCGCGCCGUCGCCGUCGUGCAGACGAACCGGGACGGGUCGCACAAGGUCCUGGCCGACGUGUCCGCGCACAGGCUGUGGCGGCGCGACUACGUGGCCGCCGCGGACGCCAUGGCGAGCCUCUCGUCGCUGAGCUUCGCCGCGGGGGUCACCGCGCACGGGAUGUUGCCGCCGGAUGGUGACGCCGAGGCCGCCGCCCCGUCGUCGUCGUCGAGCCUCGGCGGCGGGAGGGAUGAUGGGUUCGAGGCGAGCCUCGUCGGCCAGAUGAUGAUGGCGAGCCACGGCGGGAACGCGGCGCUGAGGUGCAGGAGCACGAGCUCGCUCGCCGCUGUCAUGGCACAGAUGCUUUCGUACAGGACCACGCACAUCUGGGUCACCGACGGCGAGGACGACGUCUUGGUUGGCGUCGUUGGGUACAUGGAGAUCUUCAACGCGGUCACCAAGGGUGUCGUUGCUCCUCCAGUUUGA